UACCCUCCCCCUCCCUCUCUCCCUUUAACCCAAACAAAUACCACUUUCCUCCCUCUUCUCUCUCUUUCUCAAAGAAAAUUAAUUAGUAUAAGCUAAGCUUAAAAAAAUGGAGCAAAAUCUGCCAGUGAUCAGCAAAAGAGUGUGGAGCAUUGUGAGGGCAGUCCUCUUCAUGAUGAGAAAAGGGAUUGUGUCAAAGAAAAAGUUGGUGGUUGAUCUCAACAUGGCGCUCAAACGUGGCAAAAUCGCCGGCGCCAAGGCCAUCGGCAACCUCAUGUUCCACCACCGCCAGGUCUCACCUGCGGCGGCUGUCAUGGAGUACGAGUUCAGCUGCAGCAACACUCCCAACUAUAUCUUCCCUUUCAACCACAAGAAGAAGAACACUAGUAACAACUACUAUCACCAGUUCUUUGCCUGCGUCCACGCACCUCCAACUCACGACGACGAUAACUUGGCGACCAUGAACGCCGUUAAGGUUGUCUUGGAGAUGCUUAACAACAACGACAUGGAAGCUGCUGCUGUUGCGGCUUCGCCUAUGUUGCCAGGGUUCGGACAAACUCCGUUGGUGAGACAACUUAGGGUAACCGACUCUCCUUUUCCGUUGAGGGAUGGGGAUGAGGACAACGGUUACGUAGACAAAGCUGCCGAGGAUUUCAUAAACAGGUUUUACAAGGAUUUGAAGCAGCAGAAUAAGAUACUGUCCGAGUUCUAAGUUGAUGUUUUGCUUUCGUUGUUACUAUUUAAACCAUGGAUUUAAAUUACGGUUGAGGUCACGUUUUCAAUUACAUUGUGUUUAUCGUGAUUGUAGAUAACAAAUAUUAUUACGGUCAUUGUAG